AGAGAUGUAAUCCUGCGCAUCGAGAAAAUAAGAAACCAGUAAUCCAUUGGUGCUCGCGCAUUCAACAUGUACAAAACGUUGUUCGUCAGUUCGGUUCUUUGGACAUUGUUGGUAUCUGACACCUUGGCGAUCGAAGGUGUCAAGGGCCGUCACGUUCACCACGAUCGACCGAAUUCUGUCUUGAACAGCACCGUGCAGGCUGGACUUUGCUACAAGAGGAUACGCUACGCGGAUGCGUUAGCAUUGAACGCCACGGGUCAGUUCCCUCACAACACACUUCCUUCGACGCCGCAAGAAGGCACGAAAGGUGGAUGGAUCACGAUUCUGGAUUGUUGCGACGGCUACGAACGUAGCUCCACUUCCGGCGAUUGCAAUCCUCGCUGCAUCGAUGGAUGUUUAGGUGGAGAAUGUACCGGACCAAACGUAUGCACCUGUUCUCCAGGCUGGAUUGCACAGAAGGGCGUCUGCGUGCCGUCUUGCGAACAACCAUGCCAAAAGGACGCUUAUUGCUUCUCGCCGAACGUGUGCACUUGUAAAUUGGGCUACGAAGAAGAAAACGGCAACUGCAAGCCUAUCUGUCCCGGUGGCUGUAAAAAUGGCGAGUGCGUGGCACCUCGAGUAUGCAGAUGCAGAGAAGGAUACGUGAUUCAACCCUCGCCCGAAGGUUUCACUGGGAUCGAGGGCAAAGAGUGCGUACCCGUUUGCGAAAAUGGUUGUCGCAACGGAGAAUGCACUGCUCCUGGAUUGUGCACUUGUCACGAAGGGUACAUUAAUCCUUCGGGUGAUACGGAGUCCUGUGUGCCCAGCUGUCCUUCUGGUUGCUCCAAUGGCGAAUGCAUCGCGCCCAAUGUCUGUAAAUGUAAACCAGGCUUUACGCUUGAUUCGACCAACAGAUGCGUUCCAGAGUGUCCUCAAGGCUGCAUCAACGGAGAAUGCAUCGCACCCACUGUCUGUAGAUGUAAACCAGGCUUUACGCUCGAUUCGAACAACAGAUGCGUUCCAGAGUGUCCUCAAGGCUGCAUCAACGGAGAAUGCAUCGCACCCACUGUCUGUAGAUGUAAACCAGGCUUUACCCUCGAUUCCACUAACAGAUGCGUUCCAGACUGUCCUCAGGGUUGCACCAAUGGCGAAUGCGUAUCUCCAGGUGUCUGUAAAUGUAUACAAGGCUUUACCCUCGACUCAACCAACAAAUGCGUUCCGGAGUGUGUUCAAGGUUGCAUCAAUGGCGAAUGUGUAGCCCCUGGAAUCUGUAAUUGUAGUCCAGGUUACGUACUAGAUAGCAAUAGUAACUGUGUCCCGGAUUGUCCACAAGACUGUGCGAAUGGCGUAUGCGUUACACCAGGCGUUUGCAAGUGUAACCUUGGCUAUUCCCACGACUCCAAUGGCAGAUGCGUCAACACGCAGUCCGAGUCAAAAGUCUCUGAUUGUCAGUUCGAUUGCGGUCCAAACGCCAGGUGCGUAGGUCGCAACAGAUGCUCGUGUAACCUAGGAUACCGCUUGGACCCAGAUACCAGGAGAUGCAUUCCGUUGUCCAAUUCCUUCGAAUGCAGAAACGGUUGUGGCAUCAACGGCUUUUGCGCCGGUCCUGACAUGUGCAUCUGCAACUACGGAAUGCCCGUCGAUCCUGUCACCGGAAGGUGUCCUGACUUACAACCAACCCAGUCACAGUGCCAACCCGACUGCGGGCCAAACGGUAGUUGCGUUGGUCCCAAUCGUUGCGUCUGCAACUUUGGAUACAUAGUCGAUCCCGACACUGGAAGAUGCAUUCCCCAAAGGGGCACCACGGGAGAGGCUAUGUGCGAACUGCCGUGCCUGAACGGAGAUUGCACCGGCAUUAAUCAGUGCACGUGCAGACGCGGCUACACCUUGAGUCCUUCCGAUAUCACUCGAACAAGAUGCGUACCAGUAUGUAUGGGUGGAUGCCAUAAUGGCGUUUGUACGGCGCCAAACAUGUGCAUCUGCAAUCCUGGUUACAGAAAAGAAGCUGGCGUCAAGGGCAGGCAGAGAUGCGUUCCCGUUUAUUACACCGACUAUCGUAUUGAGAAAAUGUGCUGCCCUACGUAUGAAAUGAAACUCGGCGAAUGCUACCCUGUCUGCUCUCCUGAGUGCACGAAUGGCUAUUGCGUCGAGGAUGCGUACGGUAACAAUCACUUUUGUCAGUGUUACACGGACUACGUUUUGUCUACAGCAAACAAACAUGUUUGCGAACCAUUUUGUCCUGACUGUGAAAAUGGAAAAUGCAUGACUCCGUACAAGUGCGAGUGCAAUCCUGGAUACCAACACCAGGGUAUUAAGGACUGCCAGCCGAUCUGCAGUAAGCCGUGCGUAAAUGGCUUUUGUGGAGCGCCGGAACGUUGCACUUGUAACAAAGGUUACAAGUUACUGAAUAAUUCGACCUACACCUGCGAGCCAGUCUGCGAGAAAAUUUGCGUGAACGGCAAGUGUACGGGGCCUAAUACCUGCACUUGUCACGAUGGCUACGUACAAACAGACGAGAACUCGAAACACCUGUGCGUGCCAUUUUGCGAAAUUCCUUGCGCACCGUACGGAGAGUGCACUGCUCCUAACAUCUGCACUUGCCUCGAGGGCUAUCGAUUUGAUAAUAGGAGUUACAUAAUGAAUACGGAAUUCUUCGCCAAUAAAUCGGCCUGUAUACCUAUCUGCGAGCAGACCUGCGUAAACGGAUACUGCAGUGCGCCAAAUGAAUGUAACUGUCAUCCUGGUUACGCAAAAUCAAAAACUAAGGGGAACGUUUGUGAGCCUGUCUGCGAAGGAGGUUGCGUGAAUGGGUACUGCAGUUAUCCAGAUACAUGCAAAUGUAACCCAGGCUAUAAACCUCACACAGCGAAUCAUUGUGUACCUAUCUGCGAAAAGCCUUGCCAAUAUGGACACUGUAUCGGCCACAACAUAUGUGCUUGCGUAGACGGCUACCAUCUAACCGCAGACGACCCCUUCGUCUGUGAACCGACGUGCGAAGAAGAAUGUCACUUUGGAACUUGCGUUAGACCUAACGAAUGCGCUUGCAACGAUGGAUACUCGAAAAAAAACCGGACCGUGUGCGAGCCUGUGUGUACAGAGCCGUGUAUCAACGGGUACUGCGGUGCUCCUGGGAUAUGCGCUUGCAAUUCUGGUUACAAAUUCUCACACAAUUCUAGUACCAUCUGCGAACCUGUUUGCGACCGCUUGUGCUUCAAUGGAUUCUGCAGCGAACCCAACAAGUGCAAGUGUCUAGUAGGGUACCAGCAACUGGAAAAUAACUUCAGUGCUUGUGGACCGAUCUGCAAGGAAGACUGUGUCAACGGAUAUUGCACUCGUCCAAACGAGUGCACGUGCGAACCAGGCUAUCGAUCCUCGAAGAAUAAUUCAAAUGUUUGCGAACCUGUUUGUACACAACCUUGUGAGAAUGGAUUCUGCAGCGCACCAGAGAAAUGCAAUUGCAAAGAAGGUUACAGUCUAUCGUGGGACGUUCCGAACGUUUGCGAACCUGUAUGCACGGUAUCGUGCGGUGUUAAUGGGAUCUGCGUUGCACCAGAUAGCUGCAAAUGCAAAGAGGGUUAUGAAUCGAUGGGUAACGAGACUGCGUUUACCUGUGAACCUGUUUGCGACUUUGACUGCGGGAACGGUACCUGCGCAGCUCCGAACGAGUGCACUUGCUACGCGGGUUACGCGGCAGACGCAGAAGGUCACUGUCAGCCAUUCUGCGAAUUUUGCAACAAUGGAACCUGCGUGCAGCCUGAAGUCUGCGAAUGUGACGAAGGUUUCGUUCUAAUGGAAAGAGAAAAUCAGAGCGUCUGCGAACCGUACUGCAAAAGUUGCUUCAAUGGAGUAUGCGUAGCACCCGGUGAUUGUCGAUGCAACGCUGGUUUUGUGAAAACAGAUACUGAUAAUUCAAACGAUGGUAACGACUGUGUCAGCGCGUGUAAGAAUAAUUGCAACGACCAUGGAGUUUGCGAUGUCAAUAACAGAAACUGCCACUGUUAUUACGGAUGGGAUGGGAUGGACUGUGGGGAAACACGAUUUUGUAUCGCGACGAUGAACACAAGCGAACGCUUAAACGCAUCGAACGUCGAGUACGAUGUAAACAACACGAUCGCUUACGUAGUUGAAAAUAGUCCAAUGUGUCACCACGAUUGUUUAGACAAAAUCAAUAACGAGACUUUGUGCUUUGGAAAGUACGAGAACAACACAGAGGAUGAUACGAUCUCCUGUCUGAUCGAUUCCAACUGUUAUCGAGUGUACGCAACACGCACAAAAGGCCUAAGUUACGCAUCGAUAUCUGGAAUCGUGGGUGCUACGGUGAUUACUGGUAGCGCCGCUAUAAUCUACGCGUUGAUACGAACGAGCUUGAAAAAGAAAAUUUCUUCUGAUAAUACGCCAGCAACGUCGUCCCGGGGACAAACAUCUUUAAUUCCUGAAGAGAAUAACAGCCUGUAACUGGAAGACGAACUGUAUUCAUCGUUUCACCUCUUUGUUAAGCUACUACAUCGAUGCAUCUGAAAUAUAUUUUAUAAAUAAAAAGUUUGUCACAUAUUC